AAGCCCUGAGCACAGAGAGGGAGACGGAGUGUGUGUGUGUGUGUGUGUGUGUGUGUGUGUGUGUGUGUGUGUCUGCGCGCGCGCGUGUGUGUGCGGAAAGCCAAGCGCAGCCUUCUCGGGUUUCACAUGCAUUUUCUUUCUUCCUUUUUUGCGCGUGAUUUCUUUCUUUCUUCCCUGCGCCCCUGUCCCCCGCGUCCCACCCCCUCAGCCGCUCCUCUGCGCCCGGGUUGGGGUGCUGAGGUCCCAGGCAUCGGAGUCCUUGCAGACCGGCGACUUGCAACUGGCUGCAGUAGCCCCUUGGAGUCAGUGAGGGUCAAGUUCAGCCGCCGGGGAGGAGGAAAAACAAAUCCCCGUUGGCCAAAAAAAGAAGUUUCAGGCCGGUGCCCCCCUCCGCGCUGUCUGCGCGCCGGCCAGUGCGAUUCCCCCUCGGGCGCAGGCAGGAGCUGGGGUGCCCGGGGACCCGCCGCCGCCGCGCGAGUUUUCUGGGGGCUCCUGACAAGCGGGGAGCACACUGGGCACCGGCAUGCAGAGUAAUGUGCAACUCAGCUCUCAGAAUGUCUUCUGUGUCCUCCCAGCGUUUCUAAGACAGUCGCAUUAGCUUCCUGCUAGUUGACUAAUAGAAUUAAUAAUUGUAAAAAGCACUCUAAAGCCACAUGCCUUAUGAAGUCAAUGCUGGGUAUGAUUUUACAAAUAUGGUCCGGAAAAAGAAUCCCCCUCUGAGAAACAUUGCUAGUGAAGGCGAGGGCCAGACCCUGGAGCCGAUCGGUGCAGAAAGCAAGGUAUCUGGACAGAAUAAAGAAUUUUCUGCAGAUCAGAUGUCAGAAAAUACGGAUCAGAGCGAUGCUGCAGAACUAAAUAAUAAGGAGGAGCAGAGCUUGCACGUCCAAGAUCCGUCUUCUAGCAGUAAGAAGGAGGCCAAAAGCUCAGUCCUGGGUGAGAAGGCUGGCUUCAAUUAUGAAAACCCCGGCAAGGGAGGAAACCGCCCAUCCUUUCCGCUUGAUGAGGUGACAGACAGAAAUAUGUUGGCUUUCUCAUCUCCAGCUGCUGGGGGAGUCUGUGAGCCCUUGAAGUCUCCUCAAAGAGCAGAGGCAGAUGACCCUCAAGAUAUGGCCUGCACCCCAUCAGGGGACUCAUUGGAGACAAAGGAAGAUCAUAAGAUGUCACCAAAGGCUACCGAGGAAACAGGGCAAGCGCAGAGUGGUCAAGCCAAUUGUCAAGGUUUAAGCCCAGUUUCAGUGGCCUCAAAAAACCCACAAGUGCCUUCAGAUGGGAGUGUGAGACUAAAUAAAUCCAAAACUGACUCGGUGGUGAAUGACAACCCAGACCCGGCGCCUCUGUCUCCAGAGCUUCAGGACUUUAAAUGCAAUAUCUGUGGGUAUGGUUACUAUGGCAACGACCCCACAGAUCUGAUUAAGCACUUCCGAAAGUAUCACUUAGGACUGCAUAACCGCACCAGGCAGGAUGCUGAGCUGGACAGCAAAAUCUUGGCCCUUCAUAACAUGGUGCAGUUCAGCCAUUCCAAAGACUUCCAGAAGGUCAACCGCUCCGUGCUUUCUGGUGUGCUCCAGGACAUCAACUCUUCAAGGCCUGUUUUACUAAAUGGGACCUAUGAUGUUCAGGUCACUUCAGGUGGAACAUUCAUUGGCAUCGGACGGAAGACACCGGAUUGCCAAGGAAACACCAAGUAUUUCCGCUGUAAAUUCUGCAACUUCACUUACAUGGGCAACUCAUCCACUGAGCUUGAACAACAUUUUCUUCAGACUCACCCGAACAAAAUAAAAGCUUCCCUUCCCUCCUCCGAGGGUGCAAAACCUUCAGAGAAGAACUCUAACAAAUCCAUGCCUGCGCUUCGAGCUGGCGAUUCUGGAGACUUGGGGAAGUGGCAGGACAAGAUCACGGUCAAGGCAGGAGAUGACACUCCCAUUGGCUACUCAGUGCCCAUCAAGCCCCUCGACUCCUCAAGACAAAAUGGUACCGAGGCCACCAGUUACUACUGGUGUAAAUUUUGUAGUUUCAGCUGUGAGUCAUCGAGCUCCCUCAAACUGCUAGAACAUUACGGCAAGCAGCACGGAGCCAUGCAGUCAGGUGGCCUUAAUCCAGAGUUGAACGAUAAGCUUCCCAGGGGCUCUGUCAUUAACCAGAGUGAUCUAGCCAAAAAUACAGAGGGAGAGCCAAUGACCAAGGCAGACAAGAGCCUGGGUGGGGCUAAAAAGAAGGACUUCUCCGCCAAGGGAGCAGAGGAUAACAUGGUCACAAGCUAUAACUGUCAGUUCUGCGACUUUCGCUAUUCCAAAAGCCAUGGCCCUGAUGUCAUUGUGGUGGGGCCACUCCUCCGUCAUUAUCAGCAGCUCCAUAACAUCCACAAGUGUACCAUUAAGCACUGUCCAUUCUGUCCCAGAGGCCUUUGCAGCCCAGAAAAGCACCUUGGAGAAAUUACGUAUCCGUUUGCUUGUCGAAAAAGUAAUUGUUCCCACUGUGCACUCUUGCUGUUGCACUUGUCCCCCGGGGCGGCCGGAAGCUCGAGAGUCAAACACCAGUGCCACCAGUGUUCAUUUUCUACCCCUGAUGUAGAUGUGCUCCUCUUUCACUAUGAGACUGUGCAUGAGUCCCAAGCAUCGGAGGUCAAACAGGAAGCCAAUCAUCUGCAAGGAUCGGACGGGCAGCAGGCAGUCAAGGAAAGCAAAGAACACUCGUGUACCAAAUGUGAUUUUAUCACCCAAGUGGAAGAAGAGAUUUCCAGACACUACAGGAGAGCACACAGCUGCUACAAAUGCCGUCAGUGCAGUUUUACAGCUGGCGACACUCAGUCACUACUGGAGCACUUCAACACGGUUCACUGCCAGGAACAGGACAUCACUACAGCCAACGGCGAGGAGGACGGGCACGCCAUCUCCGCCAUCAAGGAGGAGCCCAAGAUAGACCUGAAGGUCUACAGUCUGCUAAACCCAGACUCUAAAAUGGGAGAGCCAGUGUGCGAGAGUGUGGUGAAGAGGGAGAAGCUAGAAGAGAAGGAGGGACUGAAAGAGAAAGUUUGGACUGAGAGUUCCAGUGAAGACCUGCGGGGUGUGACGUGGAGAGGGGCCGACGUCCUUCGCGGGAGUCCGUCCUACACUCAGGCAAGCCUGGGCCUUCUGACGCCCGUGUCGAGCACCCAAGACCAGACAAAGACUCUGAGGGACAGCCCCAGCGUAGAAGCUGCCCAUUUGGGAAGACCCAUCUAUGGCUUGGCUGUGGAGACCAAGGGAUUCCUGCAGGGGGUGCCGGCCGGUGGCGAGAAGGCUGGGGCCCUGACCCAGCAGUACCCUGCAUCAGCAGAAAGCAAGUCCAAGGAUGAAUCCCAGUCCCUGUUACGGGCUGUGACAAUCUCCGGGACACCAAACAGGAGGAGGCGUAGAGGCUCUGGUGUUUUUUGUGCCAAUUGCCUGACCACGAAGACCUCUCUCUGGCGAAAGAAUGCAAAUGGCGGAUAUGUAUGCAACGCGUGUGGCCUAUACCAGAAGCUGCACUCGACUCCCAGGCCUUUAAACAUCAUUAAACAAAACAACGGUGAGCAGAUUAUUAGGAGAAGAACCAGAAAGCGCCUUAACCCAGAGGCACUGCAGGCCGAGCAGCUCAGCAAACAGCAGAGGGGCAGCAGUGAGGAGCAGGUCAAUGGAAGCCCAUUAGAGAGGAGGUCAGAAGAGCAUUUAACUGAGAGCCAUCCGAGAGAAAUUCCGCUCCCAAGCCUAAGUAAAUACGAAGCCCAGGGUUCAUUGACUAAAAGCCAUUCUGCUCAGCAGCCAGUCCUGGUCAGCCAAACUCUGGAUAUUCACAAAAGGAUGCAACCUUUGCACAUUCAGAUUAAAAGUCCUCAGGAAAGUACUGGAGAUCCAGGAAACAGUUCCUCUGUGUCUGAAGGGAAAGGAAGCUCUGAGAGAGGCAGUCCCAUAGAGAAGUAUAUGAGACCUGCAAAACACCCAAAUUAUUCACCACCAGGCAGCCCUAUUGAAAAGUACCAGUACCCGCUUUUUGGACUUCCCUUUGUACAUAAUGACUUCCAGAGUGAAGCUGAUUGGCUGCGGUUCUGGAGUAAAUAUAAGCUCUCCGUUCCUGGGAAUCCGCACUACUUGAGUCACGUGCCUGGCCUACCAAAUCCUUGCCAAAACUAUGUGCCUUAUCCCACCUUCAAUCUGCCUCCUCAUUUUUCAGCUGUUGGAUCAGACAAUGACAUUCCUCUAGAUUUGGCGAUCAAGCAUUCCAGACCUGGGCCAACUGCAAAUGGUGCCUCCAAGGAGAAAACAAAGGCACCGCCCAAUGUAAAAAAUGAAGGUCCUUUGAAUGUAGUAAAAACAGAGAAAGUUGACAGAAGUACUCAAGAUGAGCUUUCAACAAAAUGUGUGCACUGCGGCAUUGUCUUUCUGGAUGAAGUGAUGUAUGCUUUGCAUAUGAGUUGCCAUGGUGACAGUGGACCUUUCCAGUGCAGCAUAUGCCAGCAUCUUUGCACGGACAAAUACGACUUCACAACGCACAUCCAGAGGGGCCUGCAUAGGAACAAUGCACAAGUGGAAAAAAAUGGAAAACCUAAAGAGUAAAACCUUAGCACUUAGCACAAUUAAAUAGAAAUAGGGUUUCUUGAUGGGAAUUCACUAGCUUGUAAUGUCUUAUGAAGACCUAUUAAAAAAAUACUUCAUAGAGCCUGCCUUAUCCAACAUGAAAUUCCCUUCUUUUACUCUUCUUUCUUUUGAUGAGUAGGUUACCAAGAUUUAAAAAUGAGACAGGUGGUCAGUGAGAAAGAAUGGAAGGUGGUAAACAAUCAUUUUUUAACACUUAGCGAAUCAGAGCUAUCUUGGCCAUAUGUCCUGGGGAAAACGUUCCAUACAAAGUCCCACCAGAUUAUAACUAUGCUUCUGUACAAGGAAUAAAAAAUGUCUAGAAUCUGAAAGGGUUUACAUAGAUAGUACGAUACAAAAGCAGUAUUGGCUUGGCCAGUGGCCCAUUUGUUCAAAAACUCAGACGUUGUGUCCUACAUUUAGAAAUAUCAAGAAAUCCAACACAAAGGAGGAAAAAUUGAAUCUUGAGGGUGAGGGAAGGAAAAUGGUGCCCUCUCCCAUCAGUCUCCUCUCAGUGGCCAUGUUUCAGAUUUGGACCUAGAAAUGCGGAACUCUGGUUAGGCUUGGUGAGAGAGCAGCAAGAAACGUGACAGAUGGGUGGCACGAUGGUUUCAGCCAGCCCUGCCUGUACAUACACAUGCACACCCUCCUUGAUAUUAUCGUCCUCUAGAUGUUCAAAUAGUCUGUAGUCCUUUCGUUUGCAGUUUAGGUUCAUUUUGUCCAAAUAUAUUCCUAUUUAAAAAAAAAAAAAAAACAAUGUCCUCGAUGCUUACGUAGUAAUUUUAUUUUAGCCAGAUACUUCUUUCUUGUUUAUGACGAACAAGUUUGGAUUUUUUUUUUUUUUUUUUUUUGCCUCCUGUCGGUCACUAAUCUCACUCGGCACAUUAUGACUAAAGAAAUCCCCUCAGUUCAAAAAGAAUAGGUGGAUGCAGAUGUCACACUGAGGGUUUAAUUUGCUUAGAAUACAUGAUCUUUCUCCACAAGGUAACCUGCUGUAUUUAUUUAUUUUCCUUUGGUUAAAUAUAAUGUCCAAACUUUGUGGUCAGGCAGCGUCUAAGGUUACAUUACCACAGACUGACAGUUAGUAUAUGUACCAAUCAAUCCCUUCAUUAGAUUAUGCAGGUUUAGGUAAGUAGCAUUAAAUAGGAUUCUUAGAAGUAUGUCUUCAUAGUACUUUUAAUACUUAAGGCUUUGUAAAAACUAUCCAUGAAGGGAAAGCUCCUCAGCAUAACUGCUCAGGGAAAUAGGGCUACAUAACUGAACAUUAAAUAAUUGGUUAAAGGUGCUGUUAGUCGAGCCUCAAUGCUUGCUACAAGGAUGUAUGUACAAGGACUGACUUUAAUAAUUUGCAUUAUAUUGUCCCAACCAGUAGUUUAUUUUUUGCCACGGAGAUGUAGAAGAUAUUACAAGCUACUGGAUGCACUGUCAGAUUAACUUAUUUCAUUAAAGAAGUUGGGAGAACAAAUAGGAAAAAAAAAAACUUAUUUUUCUAGUAAAUAUUAAUGUAUUACAUUUCAAAUAAUGGUGCCUGACAUAUUGAAUAAAUAUUUUCUACAGUGUACGUAUGCAACAAAGAUAUUCCAUCACACAUUGGAGUCAGUUCUGGCUCUGCCUAGCUGUUUACAUUUGCAAAUGUAGCAAACAAGGUAAUGAAGCAACUAUUUCUAUUGCAGUAGAUAUCUUUUUGUGUGUGUGUGUGUGUGUAUGUGUGUGUGCAUUAAAGUUGUAAACGGUAACAUGAAAGUUCUUGAUAUAAUGGUAUGGAAAACAAGAAAGAAAUGAAAAUAUUUUUAUGCCUACUUAGGAAAAAAAAGGGUAGCACUAUUCAUUCCAAGUACUUUUUUUUUUAAUUUUUAAGCUCUUAACUCACAUUGUUAUGCUUAAGAUGAUAAACAUAUAUCCUCUUUUUAUUGCUUUGUCUAUGUUUCAGAGGAAACAUUUCAGAAAUUAUUUUGAUGAGUGUUGCUGGAAUCCGCAGCACUGAUGUUUUAUUGCAUUCUGUAGUGGCGUUUGCACUCCGUUUUGACGUUAAUUUGCAGUUGCUUUGUAUUGUUUCGUUUUGUUUGGGUUUUGUUUCUUUCUCACAGUGCCCGUCUCUGUUUCUUUAAAGUUGGAUGGCAGGUAGAGUUCAAUCAGUUCCUGACUGUUGUAGGGGAAUGAAGUUAAAAAUACCUUUCUGAUAUUGUGUUGUCAUUUCCAUUCUUGCAUUUUCAUUUUUCCUGAACAAAGAAAAAAGAAAAAAAAAAAAAGAAUGAGAGAAAGAAAUCAGGACUAAGUCCUCUGCGUCAGUUUUGUUGUGAAAGGGCCUAUUCUGAUCUCAUCUGUCGCAUAGCUCUAAUAUUCACAUCAUCGGAAACCAAGAGGCAGGAGGAGCUUUGACGUCCAAGUGAUUUGACAGAAUUUAUCUUUCUUAGGAAUUUUGAUGUAAACAGACAGAUCUGAGAGGUGACCAAGAUCUUUUACAGAGAUUUCCCAAACAACAAUAAUUGGUUUCCUUAUUUAAAAAGAAUAUAAAAAUGCAACGUAGCAAUCCUCGAGCAACAUGAUAUAUAGACGGCUUAAAUCAGUAGUAAGCAGAUGAACCUGAGCACGGGAGACGAAGGGGCCGGUAACACCAGAAGUUUGUUUAACUUGGGCAAUAUUACAGGUAUUACUUUUUGGGCAAAACUACUCUUCAGCAGUUCCCACAUUGUGUCAGUCACAAAUAGAUUGUUCAUUGUUGACAUGUAUGCCUUUGUUUUUCAUUCUUUUUCUUUCUUUCUUUCUUUCUUUCUUUCUUUCUUUCUUUCUUUCUUUCUUUCUUAAACAGGCAUCGUAGUAAUGAGCAUUGGAAAAUACAUAUCACUUUUUUGGGAAUAUUUAUGUUCAGUCUACUUUCAGUAGAAUAUUCUUUGAUAGCAUUGGCAUGAUAGAUCUUACUCUGUACUCCUUUAUUAUUAAUAUUUUAUUUUCAUUUUUGCUUUCAUUAGUAUACAUAUUCUGGUGGAAAAGAAGUCGGGCUUUUUAAAAAGAAUGAAAGGUUAUCAUAACACUAAAAUACUCCUUAUUUUGAUGAAGUUAAGGCCGUUGUUCCAUCUUGCAAAAUGUAUUGUACAAAUGUUUUCUAUUUAAGAGUUCAGAAUCAUUUUGUCUUCGAUUGUGAAUGAUUUUAAAUGAGCUACUUAGGUACUUAACCUUUUUCUUAAGAACUUUCAAGAUGAUUUAGAAAUGUUCCCCUCUUGGAAAAAGCUUCCCUUUGUCCUGUGAUGAAUAUUAUAAGCCAGCUAAAACUGUAUGCCACAUAAAACCUGCAGGUCUUUUCCAAUUACUUGUCUAUAUUCUAAGUUGAGCUUUGGCUCAAACGUAAGGCCAGGACCAGUUCAUGCAUUCUUCCUCUUCUUUUUCUCACUCUUUUCUCAUCAUCGCUUACCCAGAUCUACAUGUGAGUUGUUGGGGGAUAGAAAACCUUAAAGGGCCAGCCCAUCUUGGAGAUGGUGGAUUGAGAGACACUACACCGCACUAAGCAGGGGAGAGAAAGGUGGAGCUCUCUGUAGCUAAGAAGGCAAAGAGUGAGGCCAGUUCUCUCUACGUGACAUAUCUGAGAUGUUCUUUUAAAACUCCACUUUGAAGAUAGUGGUGUUCUGUUCUGUUCUAAAUUGUUCUGUUUUAGUAAAGAUAGAUUUUAGGCAACAAGCGUGGGGAUUCUUUUCUAAGGUCAUACUAAUGAGAAGAACAGAAAGAAGUGGUUAUCUUUAAAGAGGUCCUUGUUGAAGCCUGUGGUAGCACAUUAUGUUCACGAUUGCACAUGUGCACGGAAUCUGUUAUGAUCCAGUGCAAAUACAGCUCCAAAAAUAUUAAAUGGAUAUAUAUUUUAAAAUGCCUGAGGAAAUACGGUUUUCUUAAUAAACUGAAGAAUAUUGGUACUGCUAUUCAAAUUAUUAUUAGCCUCGUGUGUGGUUGCAAAAGUCACAGAGCGAUCUGUCUUGGAACUUCCAGCUGCCUGCCUGUUUAGCCAAUGAAUAUGAAUACAUUUCUGUAGGCGGAAAUAUUUGCUGUCCAGUGUUGGAAAUGUGAGAUAAAGAAGCCGUUGGUCACACUGUUUCUGUGCUGUAUGUAAUUCUUUUGGCUAAAGCUGAGAUGCGUUCACAGCUACCUGUCUUUGGGUUGAAGGUCAUGGCAAAAAAAAAUUUAAGAAACGAGCAAACAACUCAAGACAUUUUUGGUCAGCAAGACACAGGAGAAAACUUGAGGAAUUGAAGUACAACCUGAAUCUGAAACUAAAUGUACUAAUCAAAGGUAGGUACAGUUAGGUGGAUGCUAGCAGCAGACAGCUAGCUGAUCGUGAAUGAGAACAGAAAGAUAGGCGUCCCAUCUUGGAGGCCGGUGUCAUUCUUUCCAAAGAAAGACUUGGCAGAGAACAGGCUGGUGUUUCGGCAUUGCACAUCCCAUUGGCUGUCCAUUUCCGGUACAGAGUGAUUUCAUUUCCGGUAGAGUGAUUUCACAUGUUCCCAGUAGCAGGGCAGUUGUUUAGGAAACUUCUCCAGUCAUUUGCAGUAAUUAGAACUUUGGAAGCUACCAGGGCAGAAGUGUUUCAAGUCAGUGAUGGAGAAAAAUGUGAAACGGAACAGUAAUCCAUGUGUGAGCACUGGAUAGUGUAUGUUCCUGUGCUCUCUCAAAAGGAAAAGGGCGCUCUAAGCUUACUCUGUCCUACUUAAGAAAAAAGCGAGAGUACCUCUUACCGUGGACAUAGUGCUUAACCUUCAUUAGACGAAAUGAUCUCACAAGACCCAUAAUUCCCCAGCUGGAUCCUGGUUUUACCCCUGGUUACUUCUUCAGUACAUAAACUGCAGCAAAUCACUUUUUCUUUUUGUGCCUCAGGUUCCUCAACUAUAAAGUGGAAAAAUAUAUUAAUAAUAAUAAUAGUAAUGUAGUACUUGUUUGUAAAGCACUUUGAGAUCCUUGGUUGAAAGGCACCAUAGGAGUGUCGAGUAUUAUGUGGCCAAGGGGUUAUUUAAAGUUAGUUCCCAAGGGCCAAGAAAGGUUGGGGUCAUUUCUGUUAAAGAUGAGCUGUAAAUAUUAUAACUAGGCAGCCUAUAGUGUUGACUCUACAAAGGCAAAACUGUUACAAGGCUGAUAAAAGCAUAGUUUAUUAAUGGCUACCAACAAGGCAAAUACCACAAUAACCAAUGCCAAAUCCUUUAGGGUGUACUAUUUGACAACAACAUUGAUAAUCUGGGGGGAGGGAUGGGUGGGAAACAUCUCCAAAUGCCAAUGUACAAUUAACUUACAGCAAUAUUCACCAGCAGAAAAUGUCUUUCAUAUGGAAUGAUUUCAUGUUGCUAAGAAAAAGAAUUCAAUUUGUAGUCCUGAUUUGAACAUUAGAAUGUUGGCUAUAAUAGUUCUGUUCUUACAACACAUGGAAUUUUUUUGUUUUAUUUUAUUUUGUUUUUAUAGUGCAUGUCCAUUUCUACUCACAAACAUGUUCUUGGUGUAUUUCUUAUGCAAACAAUCUUCAGGCAGCAAAGAUGUCUGUUACAUCUAAACUUGAAUAAUAAAGUUUUACCACCAGUUAUA